CGUUCAGCCAUAUUUCAUAAGCAAACAGAUAAGACUCGACGAGAGGCUCGUGUUUUGAUAUAAAAGAAAAAGGAACAAAAAUACGAAAAAAACUACCGAGAGAAUGGAGUGAGAACUUUUUUUAAGUCAGAGACAAGGGGGAUCAAAGUUUCUUGCAGCCAUGUAUAAAACUGUUAGCACAAUUCGGUGGAAAAACUUGUUUGAUGGGAAAAACUUCAAAAGAUAUUAUAACAGUGGCACUGGAGUUUAUGGUCAUCGACCCAAAGAACGAAAUCAUUAUCAAGUGCCCAAGGAGAAAUUGGAGACGAGAGCGAGGAACAGUAAUUUUUUUCGACUUGUGACAGCAUUUCGUGAACACGCCCAUAAAGAAGCGAAUAUAGAUCCGGUUUCAUUCGUCACAAAACAAGAAUCAUUGCCUGAAUUAAAUCCAGAGAGUUAUGGACUUACUUUAACGGAUAGAGUUUCACUUGAAAAUUUAAUAAUUACAAAUAAAUCUGAUGUUACAAUUGCUGAGGCCAUUGAAACAUUGAGAAAUAUUUAUUGUGGAAAUAUUGGCGUUGAAUUUAUUCAUUUAGAGAGCGAAGAAGAGAGAGAAUGGUUUGCGGAGAACUACGAAAAAUUCUACCAGGAAGCACUGAGCGAGGAAACUCGUCGGGUCAUUGCAAAAGACGUGCUCAAAAGCCAGGCUUUCGACAAUUUUCUCGCCGUCAAAUUUGUCACGGUAAAACGUUACGGUGGAGAGGGAGCCGAAACAAUGAUGUCAUUUCUUCGGGAACUAUUUCAACUCUCUUCAAAUGAACUGGAACAUUUAAUUUUAUGUAUGCCACAUCGUGGACGUUUAAAUUUACUCACGGGAAUGAUGAAUUUUCCGCCGGAGAAGCUAUUCCGAAAAUUAAGGGGCAUAUCAGAAUUCCCAAAUGAGGCAAAAGCGACUGGCGAUGUGAUUAGUCAUUUUAUAUCGUCCGUAGACUUUAAUACAACCGGAAAAAGUCUUCACGUUAGUUUACUACCAAAUCCAUCACAUCUUGAGGCAGUAAAUCCAGUUUCAAUGGGUAAAACACGUGCGGUUAUGCAGGCAAUGAAUGAUGGCGAUUAUUCCGAAAAUAAAACCACACGCUGGAGCGAUAAAGUUUUAAAUCUACAGAUUCAUGGAGACGCGGCUUACGUGGGCCAAGGGGUAAAUCAGGAAUGUCUGGCAUUGAGUGGAGUACCGCAUUUCGAAAUCGGUGGCACAAUUCAUUUGGUGGUGAAUAAUCAGGUUGGAUUUACGACACCACCAUCGCGAGGCAGAUCAACGAGGUACUGCACUGAUUUGGCAAAAUUCAUAAACGCUCCCAUCAUUCAUGUCAAUGGUGACGAUCCCGAGAUGGUAGUUCGUGCCACAAGGAUUGCAUUCGCCUAUCAGAGAAAGUUCCGCAAGGAUGUCUUUGUCGAUUUGAAUUGCUUCAGAAGAUGGGGACACAAUGAACUCGACGAUCCAACGUUCACAAAUCCUCAAUUGUACAAACUUAUUCAUAACCGUCCAUCAAUUCCAGACGCGUAUUUAGAAAAAUUGUCCAAAUCGAAUCUUCUCACGAAGGAAGAGGGUCAAUCGAUUGUUGACGAUCAUACAUCAUGGUUGACAAACGCUUUACGACAAGCAGACGAUUACAAUCCAGACGCAACCUACUUUACCGGCUGGUGGUCAAGAAUUAAACAAGCGGACUCUGCCGUUACCACUUGGAAUACCGGUGUGAAUUCAAACCUCUUACAAUUUGUCGGUAACCGGAGUGUACAAUUUGAAGAAAAUUUCAACAUACAUCCACAUAUUCUGAAAACACACGUGAAGGCAAGAUUGAAGAGAAUUGAGGAAGAAAGGCAGAUUGAUUGGUCAACGGCGGAAGCAAUGGCUUUUGGAAGUCUCCUAUAUCAGGGAUAUAAUGUUAGAUUGAGUGGUCAGGACGUUGGUCGAGGGACUUUUUCACAUAGACAUGCAAUGCUUGUGGAUCAAGUUAGUGGAGGUAUUCACAUACCAUUGAAUUCGAUGGUGAGUGAUCAGAAGGGAAAAAUAGAAUUGGCAAACAGUAUUUUGUCGGAAGAAGCAGUUCUGGGAUUUGAGUACGGAGUCAGUAUUACAUCACCGUCGACAUUGUCAAUUUGGGAGGCGCAAUUUGGUGAUUUUUUCAAUGGGGCACAAAUAAUUAUUGAUACAUUCCUAACGAGUGGUGAGGCGAAAUGGAUGAUGAGUAGUGGAUUAACAAUGAUGUUGCCACACGGUUAUGAGGGAGCUGGUCCGGAGCACAGUUCCUGUAGGAUGGAGAGAUUUCUCCAAUUGACUGAUAGCAAGGAGACAAAACCCGACGGCGAAGAUGUUAACUUCCAAGUGGCGAAUCCUACGACACCGGCGCAGUACUUCCAUUUACUUAGAAGACAAGUAAUGAGAGAUUUUCGAAAACCUCUAAUUGUAAUUACACCGAAAGUUUUACUACGUCACUCUUCUGCAAUUUCGGAUCUUAAUGAAAUGACAUUGGGAACUUAUUUUAAAACCGUAAUAGGAGAUGAUAGAGUGCAAAAAGAAAAUGUCCAGCGAAUUUUGCUGGUUAGCGGAAAACACUAUUACAAUUUAAUUCAACAGAGGGAACUUUUAGGAGCAAACAAUGUGGCAAUUAUUCGAAUUGAGAGUCUCUGUCCAUUUCCAAUUAUGGAAUUAUUGGAAGAAAUUGACAAAUACAAGCAUGCGAAUACUUUCGUCUGGAGUCAAGAGGAGCCAAGAAACAUGGGUGCAUGGUCGUUCGUUAAACCGCGAUUUGAAAAUCUCUGCGGUCGACGGUUGCACUUCUCGGGUAGGGAUUCCUUACCAGCUCCUGCUGUUGGCGUUGGUCGGGUUCAUCAACGUGAAGCCGAGGAAGUGAUCAAGAAACCAUUUGCCAUAAAGUAGGGACAUUCUUUUCCAAAUAAUUUAUUUUUGACCCCCCCUUAAUAUAUAAUUCUUAUUUUUCGAAUAAAAACCAUUUAUGCACUAA